AUGUCACCACGCAAGGAUCUACCAGACACGAGAUAUCCAUCUUCCAAACACGACCCUCCCACUGCAGACUCGCGUCCUCUGACCAGCUCAAGUUUAUCUUCCUGGAAGAGAGUCCGGAGAUUCCUCCAAGGCGAAGUCUGCAUCAUCGAUGGGGACUCACUCGACAUCGCCAGUGUUGUCGCUGUGGCCAAGUAUGGCACUUCGGCAAAACUGUCGACCGACGAUGAUCUUACCGAACGCAUCGACGGUAGCGUUCGUAUGCUGAGGACUCAUCUUGACCAGGGUCAUGUUGUGUAUGGGGUCUCAACUGGUUUCGGCGGCAGUGCUGAUACUAGAAGCAAUAACUUGGAAGACUUACGGGGAGCACUCAUUCAGCAUCAGAACUCUGGUAUCCUCAUAAUCCACGAUAUCGGCCGCUCUCAAGAUGCAUCAGCGAAGGAUAAUGCUUUACAAUCACGAGAUAUCGACCUGGCUUCCAGCACAAACUCAAUGCCGACGAGUUGGGUAAGAGCCAGCAUGUUGAUUAGAUGCAACUCGAUCAUUCGAGGUCACUCUGGAGUACGCAUGUCUGUGGUACAAGCCAUUCUUCGCCUUCUCAACGAAAACAUCAUUCCAGUCGUACCGCUGAGAGGCAGCAUAUCGGCCAGUGGCGACCUGAGCCCUCUCUCGUACAUUGCUGCAGCGAUCGAAGGCUCCCCAGAUGUUUACGUCAGAGUCGCUAGCGGCAAGAUCUUUUCGGCAGCAGAAGCAUUGAGAGAUGCUGGUAUUGAGUGUGUCAGAUUCCAGCCCAAAGAAGGGUUGGGUCUGUUGAAUGGAACGGCAUUUUCUACUGCGACGGCAUCUCUUGCCUUGUACCAGUCCCAAGAAGUCGCUCUUCUGUCGCAGAUCCUGACUGCAAUGAGUGUUGAGGCGAUGCAAGGAUCCGCAGAAUCAUUCUGGCCUCAAAUUGCUAAUAUGCGACCUCAUCCCGGUCAAAUCGAAUCUGCUGCCAAUAUCCUGUCGUUUCUUCAGGGGUCGAAGUUGGCAAAGUGUGUGGGAUCAUCAAAGGACACAAAUAUGACUGGCCUCUACCAGGAUCGUUACCCCUUGCGAACUUCAUCGCAGUGGAUCGGACCUCAGCUUGAGGAUAUCUUGCAUGCCACCACUCAGAUCCGCACCGAGAUCAAUUCAACUACAGAUAAUCCUUUGAUGGACGUUAAGUCAGACCACGUUCUUCAUGGUGGCAACUUCCAAGCAGCUAUCGUCACCUCUGGCAUGGAUAGGGCUCGUCUUUGUUUGGAGCGGUUGGGAAAAAUGCUCUUCUCUCAGGCAACAGAAAUCAUCAAUCCAUCGUUGAACGGCGGAUUGCCGGCAAACCUGUGCGCAGACAAUCCUUCAACAUCUUUCACUUGCAAGGGUAUCGACAUCAACAUGGCGGCGUAUCAAUCGGAGCUAGGUUUCCUUGCGAAUCCUGUAGGAAACCACGUUCAAUCUGCCGAGAUGCACAACCAAGCGAUCAACAGCCUUGCUUUGAUCUCUUCGAGAUACACACUCCAAGCACUUGAUACCAUCUAUCUGAUGGCGGCCGCUCACCUGUUUGUUCUCUGCCAGGCCCUUGAUUUGCGGGUCUUGCAGAUUGAGUUUCUCAGAACCAUGAGUGCUGAGGUCAAUCGCAUUGUCCAGAAGUUGCUCAUAGGCAUGCAAACAUCCAAUGGUCUGUGUGAGCUCCUUGAGGAUGCAAUCUACACGCGCAUGGAGGCUAUGUGGCCUACCACCAAUACUGCUGACCUCGAUCAACGAUGUAAGACGACUGCCGAUGCCGUCAUGCCGGACAUCAUCAAAGUACUCUCGAAAGCAUCCCCCACUGUAUCCCUUGACCCCACCGAACUGGUCAAUUUCACGACAGAGUUACAAAAUCAGAUGCAGACUCAGUACGAACAUAAGAGGCAUGACCUGAUCGAUCAUCAUGAUGAGACUACUCCGAGGUUCCUUGGAAAGGCAGCCAGUCGCAUGUACAGCUUUGUUCGCAGCGAUCUAGGGGUCAGCAUGCAUCGUGGUCUGAUCGAACACCCAACUCAACCACUGCCUCCGGAUGUUGAAGUAGAGGAGCCACGCAAAACUAUUGGUAGCAGGAUCAGUGUGAUCUAUGAGGCAUUGAGAGAUGGACGUGGGAGUGCAGUGCUCAUAGCUUGUACCGAGGAAAGCUUGAGGGACGAAAGUUCAGAUGCUGAGUUUGAUAGAUAG